AUGUGCGCUGCACGAUCGGGUGAUACCUCAUCAUCGGGGAACAAACCGCGAACUAUUGUCUGUUACAUAUGCGGCCGUGAAUUCGGAACUCACUCUAUCGGAAUCCACGAGAAGCAGUGUUUGACAAAAUGGAAAAUACAGAACGACCAACUACCCAAAGCGAUGCGUCGCCCUGAACCAAAAAAACUAGAUCGUUCCAACAUGAGUCUGGAAAGUUCGAACGAACUGGCCUUGCAAAUGUCCAAGGAACAAUUGGUUCCUUGUCCAGUGUGUAGCCGACGCUUUCUUCCAGACAGACUAGAAGUACACUUCAGGUCAUGUGGGAAGGGUAAACAAAUGGACGCACCUUAUUCGACCCCAUCCGAACCCCCAAAACCAAAAACAGUGAUAUGCUAUAUUUGUGGCCGAGAAUACGGUACGAAAUCUAUCAGUAUUCACGAACCGCAAUGCCUUGAAAAGUGGCACCGACAAAAUGAGUUGUUACCAAAGCACAUGCGACAAAAAACUCCAGAGAAACCAAAGGAACUGCUAACAACUGGAGCGGGAACUUACGACUUAAAAAGCUACAAUGAAACUGCCUGGGAAGCAGCGCGAUCUAAUCUCGCCCCUUGCAGCAACUGUGGCCGUAGAUUUAAUCCUGACCGAUUACCAGUUCACGAACGUAUUUGCAAGAAGCUGAAGUAA